GGGGGUUAUAAAAAAAAAAAAAGUAGAAGGUGUGGACCCUGCACACCAAAGAAAACCUUCCUCAAAACAUCCAGUACAUGGGGUCUAUGUAAAACUAAAUUUGGAACUUGGUAAAACAAGUACAGACAAGUACGUGAGGAAGUUGGGAGGUAAACACACUGCUAGAGAAAUACAGGUGGAGAUACGGGUGGAUCUGGGUUUGGUUAGGAGUGAUUCAGACCUCCUACAGAGAAUGGCUCCUCCCUGGAUGGACUUGCUAUAAAAGGGCCACUAUCCCAGACUUCAGCACCCAGCAAAGCUCCUUCAGGCUACAUUCUACUUACUCGUCUGGUGAAGAACGUUCACCUUUACUACCAAAAGAUGUCUACUCUCCUGGAAAACAUCAUUGCCAUCAUCGACCUAUUCCAUGAGUACUCAACAACAGACAAGGAGACUGACACACUGAGCAGGAAAGAACUGAAGGAGCUCCUGGAAAGAGAGUUUCGGCCAGUCCUGAAGAAUCCAGAUGACCCAGACACUGCUGAUGUCUUCAUGCAUAUUCUUGAUCUAGACCAUGACAAGAAAAUUGACUUCACUGAGUACUUUCUAAUGGUAUUCAAGUUGGCUACAGCAUACUAUGAGUCAAACAGAAGACAGAACUUCCAAGCAAAAGAGCAAAACCAAAACCACCAUACACACCGUACAAAAGAUGAAGACGAUGAUUUGGAUGAAGACAAAGUACAAGAAGAAAAAGAAGAAAAAUUGAGAAAAUCCACACAAUCAGGAAAAACCCAUGAAAAAAGGAAGGAGACAAGAUCCAAAGGACUAAAAGGAAAAGGGGAAUAUAGACACAAGCAAAGACCUGACAAUUCUAGACAGGCAGGAUCCCUUGAGGGUGAGGAGGCUGAUGGUGGACACUUGGAGCGAGGAUCUCGUCACCAUCAGUCAUCCACUCAGGCACACGGCUCUAGACACUCACACCCUGAGCAUGGACAAUCCUCAUCUGAAUCCAGGCCAGUGAGAAACCGAGGGUCCAGUGUCAGUCAGGACAGCGACAGUGAAGGACACUCAGAAGAUUCGGACAGACAUAUGGGCCUGCCUUCCAUUGUUGGUCUGCACACUGUUCUUGGUGCAGAGCAAGGUCAGUCCUCUGCAGAGCUUCUCUUUGCCUGUCGUGGAGAAUGUUUGGACUUUGUCUAG